AUGGGAUACAACACGACCAUGGCAGAGGACGAUGCCUGGGAGGACGGCAUCGUCGAGCCGAACGAUGGGCAGGCUGGGUGGUCGUUCAGCAGGCAGUCCAGCUCGAGGAGGAAGGAGCCGCUCGAGUUUGACUGGGAGGAGGAGCGGAGAAGAAAGGCAGAGCUCACUGACCCGAAGCUCGACUACCGCACCCGCUACAACCAGUGGCACGACAAGCUAGUCAAGCACAGCAUGUACGUGUCUCCGACAGAGGAGGCGGAGGAGGGGGACAUGGCGGGUUUCCUGGAGGCGAACAAACGGUGGGAGGCGAAGAGGAAACACUACGACUGGAGCGACGGGUAUGGGAGGGAUACUGGAAGCCGGAAGUACAAGCAACCUUCUAAAGUAUGGGCUGAAGACCAUGACGACUGGCGGAGGUGGUACUCGAAGUGGUACAACAAGGCGAUGGAGGACGAAGACGGACGCGAGAGGACGGUUCAUAGGAUGAACGGAGCAGGUGGAAUCGAAGAGUUCGGGCACAGCGGGAAGGAGAGUUACGGUGGGCGAAGUCAAGUUGGUUUCAACGGCUACAACAUCGACAGCAGGCCUUAUGGAUACGAAGUGUACAAGGAUUGGAAGCGGCAUGUGCUGAAAUGGCCACAAGACGCGGAUGGUGUGGUUGGACUUUGGCCGGUUGCAUCAAAGAAAGUAUCAAGCAAGCCGGGGGGGGGGCAAGAAAGGUUCUAA